AUACUUAUGUGAAAGCUGUUCAGAAAUGAGGUAAAAGUGAAAGUAGAAAUUUGAAAUGUCUUGAAUCAAUGAAUGUCUCGUGACUGAUAAUCAUUAGAUGUUAUGGACGCUGACGGGCUUCCUUUGGUGGGGUCCGGGGUGGACUAUACUAAGGUUGAGGCUAUUCAGCAGAAGAGAACCAUUGCCUUUAUUAAUCAUUUUAUCACUCACACGGCAAGCUUCCUUAACCGAUUCUCAUGUGUUUGUGAAGAGAAAUUAGAACAUCUGUCCAACAGAAUACAAAAUCUGGAAAUUACUUUAAGCCUACUGGAGACAAAGCUGUCUUCCAUUCCUGGGCUUGACAGUGUGACUGCGCCAACAGUUGCCUCAGAAACUCCAGCCUCCACCUCAGCACCAGGUGCCCCACCAGCCCCAGCUGCACCACUUGCCCAGGGGGCUCCACCUCCACCCCCGACCCAGGAUGAUGGUCCUCCUCCCCCACCUCCAGAGGAAGAAACACCCUCCAAUCCUGUUUCCAAAGACCCCAGAUAUGCCAAAUUCUUCAAAAUGUUACAAGUGGGUGUACCAGCACCAGCAGUGAAAAACAAAAUGAAAGCUGAGGGACUAGACGAUUCUUUGCUGGACACUCCUGAUGCCCCAGCCCCUCCAGAACAAAAGAAAGCAGACAGUGACAGUGAUGAGUUUGGGGACAGUGAUGAUGACAGCAUGAGUGAUUAAGGCAGAUAAUUAUACCACUUAUCUAGGGAUGACAGACCAAUUAUUAUCUCAAACUUCAAAAGGGACAGGGUAAAAAGACUCAUGUCCCUUUGAUCAUGUCACUUUUGAGUAAUACUGAACAGAUUGAAUGAAUACCAUCAGUUGAAUUAGUAACAAAUUAGACUUUAUUUUGAGAUGGCAUUUUAUAUAAUUAUUCUGCAGGUUGGUUUUGGAAAUUACAUGCCAUGUGGUUUUCAUUAUUUGUAAAAGUGAAAGUUUGUUUUACAUGCAUAUAUACAGUACUUGUUAUGUGUGUUGUUGAUAAAGAAUCUUCUAUUUGUUUUAUAAA